CUUACACUGUCCUUCUUUUGCUCUGUAAGCGAACUCUCACCUCCCGAAACCCUAGCCGCAGCCUCCCCUCCACAGAAAUGCCGCCCAAGUUCGACCCCUCGCAGGUCGUCGACGUCUACGUCCGGGUUACCGGCGGAGAGGUCGGAGCAGCCAGCUCCCUCGCCCCUAAGAUCGGGCCCCUCGGUCUCUCCCCCAAGAAGAUCGGAGAGGACAUCGCCAAGGAGACCGCCAAGGACUGGAAGGGCCUCCGGGUCACCGUCAAGCUCACCGUCCAGAACCGUCAGGCCAAGGUCUCGGUUGUCCCCUCCGCUGCUGCGCUAGUCAUCAAGGCCCUGAAGGAGCCGGAGCGCGACAGGAAGAAGACGAAAAACAUCAAACACAACGGGAACAUCUCCCUGGACGACGUGAUCGAGAUCGCCAGGGUGAUGAGGCCGAGGUCCAUGGCCAAGGAGCUGAGCGGGACCGUGAAGGAGAUCCUGGGCACGUGCGUGUCUGUGGGAUGUACGGUCGACGGCAAAGACCCGAAGGAUCUGCAGCAGGAGAUCACCGAUGGGGAUGUCGAGAUUCCCGAAAAUUGAGUGGCGAAGGAAGGUCAUUUUGGUUCUCAGCUCCAUUUUAUCAGUUUUCUUAUAGUGAAUUUUUUUACCCCCUUUUUUUUUGUUGUAAGUCAUAAGGAUUUUGAUAUGUGGGUUCAAUGUGGACGUGUUGAUCAGCUUAUCAUUUAAGUGGUUUUUUUGGCAUCAAAAUUGAAUCUUUUUCGGAUUAUGAUUGUGAUUAUGGCGACUCGGCUUACGAAAAAACUCGAGCUUGCUUUUGCUU